AUGCUUGAACACUGCAACUACAUUCGACGGCAUGGCGUGCUACAGUUCCUCUCCAUUUAUCGCCGCAUGCAGCACCUGGAGAACGAUCCCUUCUUUUAUGGUGAUGAACUUGAGUACUCCCUGCUGAAGCUUAAUCCCAACAAAACUGUGCAACUGAGCCUGCGCGGGCCGGAAGUCAUGGACCGCCUCCGAGGGCAGGAGCAGGAGCCGGGAAAGCACGGGGAACGGCUGCGCUUGGCACCAAGAAUAUGGAAGCUGGAUGCUGGAGGGGACGCCCAAGCCAUGAGCCUGGUGGGCGUCGAGCAGAACAUGCGCCUCCGACGAGGGCGGCUGCUCUCCGCCCUCCACGCCGAUGAGGUGGCUCCCACCCUGGUGGCCUUUCCUCUCAUGGGCGUGGGCCCCUCCUUCGCCGCAACCUCCACCGAUUCCCGGAGCAUCGCAGAGUCUAGCUCGGUGCCGGACGAGGUGAUCAAUCCGCACCCACGCUUUGGCACCUUAACGGCGAACAUCCGGCAACGCCGGGGUAGCAAGGUGGACAUCCGCAUGCCGCUCUUCCAGGAUCUCAGGACGCCCGAGUUUGAGAGCACUGAGCAUCCAACCAUUGACAUGGACUGUAUGGCCUACGGGAUGGGAUGUUGCUGUUUGCAAGUGACCUUCCAAGCCAGCAACAUGAAGGAGUCCAGAUACUUGUACGACCAACUGGCAGUUUUGGCGCCCAUCAUGAUGGCCAUGACCGCUGCCACCCCCGUGUUGAAGGGUCGCCUGGCAGCGACCGACGCCCGCUGGAGCGUCAUCAGCCAAUCCGUGGACGAUCGCACGCCCGCGGAGCGCGGCUUGGAGCCGGGCGCUCCAGACCCGCGCAUGGCUGGGCAUGGUGUGCGCAGGCAGAGCAAGAGUCGCUAUGAUUCGAUCUCGUGCUACAUCCAUCCCUCAUCCCAAGCCUACAACGACAUCCCUUGUGAGAUCGAUGAGGAGAUCCGCGCACUCCUGGAAGAUGAGGGUGUUGACCAGGCCUUAGCUCAGCACAUCGCGCACCUCUUCACCCGCGAUCCCCUUGUGGCUUUUGAGGGCCUCAUCGAAGCGGACGACGAGAAAUCCACCGAUCACUUCGAGAGCGUCCAGUCCACCAACUGGCAGACGGUCCGUUGGAAGCCGCCUCCCGCCAAGGAAGGCUGUGCUCCUCACAUCGGCUGGCGCACGGAGUUCCGCUCCAUGGAGAUUCAACUCACUGAUUUUGAAAAUGCCGCCUUCACCGCUUUCAUGGUGCUCAUCGCACGCGCCAUUGUGGUCUUCAACCUGGAUUUCCUCACAGCUCUCUCUUUGGUCGACGCGAACAUGGCCAGAGCCCACACGGAAGACGCCGUCAGGACGCAGAAGUUCUGGUUCCGAAAGAGCGUGGAGAGCGAGGAGGAUGAGGUGUGUGAGAUGUCCAUGGAUGAGAUCAUGAGACUCGACCACGUCAUCAGACCUGAGAGCUUCAAACUACACGACUUGGAGUCCGGGGCAGGUGAAACUAUGUCGUACUAUAAUCCUUACACGCCUUACACCUUUGUUGAAUUGUGUACCUCUUUUGCAGAAUGCAGGUGA